CCGGAAGACUGUCUCCUUCGCGUUGUUUAGAGCUUCCCCGCUGCAGGGCGGGGAGUGGAGGACCAGGACUGCCCCGGCGACUCUAGGUCGUCUGGUCCACAACCUGUCCUUGACGCCAUGCUGCAGAGCUGUGGUCAAAAACUUCAAAUCUUAGAAAUGCCUUUAGGUUUUCCAGGCAGACAACGGACCCUUUCUUGUAAAGGAUCAACACCUGUCACUUCAACGGCAAGGGUGUGAUAGGUAUACAGUUGGUCGUUACAAUGGUGAUGGCCAGUGUCAUGCAGAAAAUUAUACCUCACUAUUCUCUUGCUCAAUGGCUACUCUGUAAUGGCAGUUUAAGAUGGUAUCAACAUCCUACAGAAGAAGAAUUAAGAAUUCUUGCAGGAAAGCAGCAAAAAGGGAAAAGCAAAAAAGAUAGGAAAUAUAAUGGUCACAUUGAAAGUAAGCCAUUAACCAUUCCAAAGGAUAUUGACCUCCAUCUAGAAACAAAGUCAGUUACAGAAGUGGAUACUUUAGCAUUGCAUUACUUUCCAGAAUACCAGUGGCUGGUGGAUUUUACAGUGGCUGCUACAGUUGUGUAUCUAGUAACUGAAGUCUACUACAAUUUGAUGAAGCCCACACAGGAAAUGAAUAUCAGCUUAGUCUGGUGCCUGCUUGUUUUGUCUUUUGCAAUCAAAGUUCUAUUUUCAUUAACCACACACUAUUUUAAAGUAAAAGAUGGUGGUGAAAGAUCAGUCUGUGUUACCUUUGGAUUUUUUUUCUUCGUGAAAGCAAUGGCAGUCUUGAUUGUAACAGAAAAUUAUCUGGAAUUUGGACUUGAAACAGGGUUUACAAAUUUUUCAGACAGUGCGAUGCAGUUUCUUGAAAAGCAAGGUUUAGAAUCUCAGAGUCCUGUUUCAAAACUUACUUUCAAAUUUUUCCUGGCUAUUUUCUGUUCACUCAUUGGGGCUUUUUUGACAUUUCCUGGAUUACGGCUGGCUCAAAUGCAUCUGGAUGCCCUGAAUUUGGCAACAGAAAAAAUUACACAAACAUUACUUCAUAUCAACUUCUUGGCACCUUUAUUUAUGGUUCUGCUCUGGGUAAAACCAAUCACCAAAGACUACAUUAUGAACCCACCAUUGGGUAAAGAAAGUGUCCCAUUAAUGACAGAAGCUACAUUCGAUACUCUGCGACUCUGGAUAAUAAUCCUAUUGUGUGCUUUGAGAUUGGCCAUGAUGCGUAGUCACCUGCAAGCUUAUUUAAACUUAGCCCAGAAAUGUGUGGAUCAGAUGAAGAAAGAAGCAGGGCGAAUAAGUACGGUUGAGCUACAGAAAAUGGUGGCUCGAGUCUUUUAUUACCUUUGUGUCAUUGCACUGCAGUAUGUGGCACCUCUGGUAAUGCUUCUUCAUACAACUCUGCUUUUAAAAACACUAGGUAAUCAUUCCUGGGGCAUUUAUCCAGAAUCUUUCUCUACCUUGCCAGUGGAUACUAGUCUACCUUCCAAUUCUGUUUACUCAGACUUACCCUCUGCUGAUGGGAAGAUGAAGGUAACUGUUACACAAAUAACAGUGGCGCUGAGCAGCUUAAAAAACAUUUUCACUCCUCUGCUUUUUCGAGGACUUUUAUCUUUUCUGACCUGGUGGAUUGCCGCUUGUCUCUUUUCUACAAGCCUUUUUGGGCUUUUCUAUCACCAGUAUCUCACUGUGGCAUGAAUCUCAGUUACAAAAAAGGAUAUCCAAGUCAUGCUAUGGAUUCAAAUAUUUGUGCCCUUGAAGGGCUGACAAAAACCAGAAGAAAGCAAAUACAAAGAAAAAAAUAUAUAUUGGAAUAUCCUAUUUGAGAUACUUCCUCUGUAUUCUCAGGGUGAAUUAAUGGUAUAACAUGUAAAAUUACAGAAUCGAUUGUUAAGUGCUAUACUGUGGCAUUGGGAUUUUAGCUCCUUGUAUUAACUGAUGUGAGAGGACUAUCUACAAGUGUAAUACUUCUGAUUACCUUGGUUUACAGAAACCUGCAACAGUCUUUGAAACUUUUCAAAUAACUCUAGUUAUUGAUUGAUUUCCCUUAGUGGUAUUAAGGUACUGUUAAUAUUUGUAUGGCUGCCUGUACAACAAUCUUCAAACUGAGCCAUGUUUUAGAGGGGGGAAAGGAGCUAAAGUCGCUUCUGUUGGUAAUGUGUUAGUCACUCUUCAAACAACAACAACAAAUCCAACAGAAAUGAAACAAUAGCUACUGUAUAUUACAGUAAAGAAAGCUGCAUAGUAAUUUUAAAUUUAAUAGAUGUACAUGCUUAAUAUCUGUAAGUAUUGUUGCUUGAGAAUAACAAGAGUAUUGUUUUUAAAUGUAUUUUAUUCACCUUGAGGGAAUCUUUCAAAAUGAUUGGCUAUAUGAACAUUUGAAAUCUUGCUGUUAGGUUUGGGCCUCCCAUAUUUUAUGAUUCUAAAUAGUUCUUUUUAAUAAUCUAAAAAUAUUUAUCAAUAUUGAUCAGACUUUUAAAAAGUCACUUUGUACUCCUGCUGACUACCUUUAUGUAUUGUAUAUAUUAUAUAUUAAAUAUAUAAUAUAUUGAGAUUAUAAAAGAUGAAAAUAUUGAAUUCUUAUAAUAUUUUAAGUUGCUGAAUGUAUGUAUGUUAAAACAUUAUUGAAUGAGAUGUGUUUGUAUCUAGAAAUUUUCUUUUUGGAAUGAGAUUAAAAUGCAUUUUUGAAAGUUCA